AUGAUCACGCAAACGUUCCAUGACAACCGUCAGCUGUUCACUCCACAGCCCACCUGUCCCACCAGCCCUGUUCCCCCCUGUUCCCACCCACUCCCCAGUCUCCAGCACCCCACUCCCCACCUCACCUGUCUCCUCCAGCUCCCAGCCCUGUUCCCACCCUGUUCCCAGCCCCUGUUCCCACCCUGCCCACCCUGUUCAGCUCCCCACAGCCCUGUUCCACCCCACUCCCAGCCCCACCCAGCCCCAGCUCCCAGCCCCAGCCACUCAGCCCCAGCCUCAGCCCCAGCCCCCACCCCACCCUGUUCCAGCCCCACCUCCCAGCCCCAGCAGCCCCAGCCUCCAGCUCCCCACUCCAGCCCUGUUCCCAGCUCCCAGCUCCCAGCCCCACCCCACUCCAGCCCCCCCACCCCAGCCCCUGUUCAGCCCCAGCCUCCAGCUCCCCAGCCCAGCCCCCAGCCUCAGCCUCCCAGCCCCAGGCUCCCCACCUGUUCCCAGCCUGUUCACCCCUCCUGUUCCCAACCCCAGCCUCAGCCUCAGCCUCCACAGCCUGUGCUCAGCCUCACUCAGCCUCACCCCAGCCCCACCUCAGCCUCCCAGCCCCUGUUCCAGCCCUGUUCCCAGCCCUGUUCAGCCUCACCCCAGCCUCCACUCCCACCUCAGCCCCAGCCCAGCUCUGCCCCCAGCCCACCAGCCUCCUGUCAGCCCCAGCCCACCUCAGCCCAGCCCCACUCACCUCCACUCAGCCCAGUUUCACCUCAGCCCCCACCUCAGCCCCAGCCCCACCCCUGUCUGUUCCAGCCUGUUCCAGCCCCACCCCCACCUCACCUGUUCCCCCACUCCACCUGUCCUGUCUGUUCCCCUGUCUGUUCCCACCCACCACCUGUUCCCUGUUCCCUGUUCAGCUCCUGUCUCCUGUUCACUCCUGUUCCCACCCCUGUUCCUGUCCUGUUCCCUGUCCUGUCUCCCAGUUCCCAGCUCCCACCUGUUCCCACCUGUUCCCAGCCCCUGCUCCCACCUCACCCACCAGCUCCUGUUCCCCUCCUGUUCCCAGUUCCAGCCCCACUCAGCCCAGCUCCCACCCCACUCAGCCCCAGCUCCCAGCCUCUCAGCCCCACCUGUUCACCCCAGCCCACCCCAGCUCCCCAGCCCCAGCUCCCACCUGUUCCCAGCCCACCACCUGUUCCCACUCCCAGCCCCUGUUCCAGCCCACUCCCCAGCCCACCCCACCAGCCCCCACCACCUGUUCCCAGCCCCAGCUCCUCACCCCACCUCCCACCCCAGCUCCAGCCCUGUUCCAGUCCCACCCUGUCUCACCCCAGCCUCACCCCAGCUUAG